AUGGAUGUCGACGAAGUGAUUGGAGAACGCGGAUGGGGAGGGCAACUGGAGUCAAUUGUCGGGGCCGUCUUGCGAGAAGAACCUCGUCUUCCGGUCUUCAAGAUACCCUAUGAUCAUCCUGCCGCAUCUACAGGUUGGCCGGAGCUGGAGAAGCAGUGCAUGCUGCUUGAUAGCGAGAUUCGACUCAUGUGGGAUACCAAGAGACGCGAAGCUGCUAACUCCGGAACAUGGACGCAUGCCAUGUUGGAGUUUUUGUUCAAUGGGUACCAAGUGAUGCCCGGUAACAUGACCGGGGAACUGGAUGCAGCUGUUGCACUGAUUCAUCAACUUGGGAAUGUGGAGGUUUACCGCACGGAGUGGUGUAUAUAUGCCUCACGGGAAGAUGUGGCUGGGUCCAUCGAUCUUGUACUGAAAUCCAGCGAAGACGAAACCUUCUAUCUCGUUGAUUGGAAGCGAAGUGAGAAACUUCAAGUUAAGUACAAUGGGUUCGACCGUUACAUGAAUCCGCCUCUACAGAACAUUGCGGAUUGUCACGGAUACCAUUCCAGAUUGCAACUCAACAUGUACAAGUGGAUACUCCAGACGUAUUAUGGCAUCAAAGUCCUGGCCGUGAAAGUCGUGUGUGUUCAUCCCAGGUACCUGCCUGGAGGCUUCGUGGACGAUGUGCUGGACCUACAAGAGGAAGUCGGCAAACUCACGCAAUGCCUUCGAGACCAUCGACUCGCCAGGGCGCCUCCUACUGAACUUGCAGACAUGCAGCCCUUUGCUGUGGAAUUGCCAUCGCAAAGAUCACAUCCUGAUGAUCGGGAGCAAUGGCUUGAGGAGAUUAUGGACGAAGAAGAAAAUGUUGUUCCAGCGGCAGCCAAGAAGCGACGUCUUAUACCAGGAGUUGAUACACAUGUUCUUCGAUUUCAGAACCUUGUCGCCAGGUCUCAUACCAUUUUGUCCGACACACGGGAUGCUCUUGCGAAGGAUGUGUGUUCGCUGCCCAACAGCAUUUUGCACAACGCGAAUGAGAUGCUUCGUCAACUACAGCAGAACUUUCUCAAUAUAUCAGAUGAGAUCCGGCGGCUUAUACUUGUCGCGGCGCAUUUAGUUGAGGGCAAAAUCUCUGACAAGCCUAUGCUCGCAGAUGCAGCUGUUCUCACGUGGAUGGUCGGAUCGCGCCACAUGCGAGUGCGUCGGGGGUAUCUUCAGACGAAUGAGACCAGAGAUAACUCGAAAAAACCGAAACAGUUGCAGCAGCUAUCGUGGCAGAUCUACAGACGUUUGAAUCGGAGCCGGAGCAAGAAUUUCUGUCAGCUUGUCGUGCAGCUACCAACCGACGACUGCGGAGUCCGGUAUAUACUCCCAGAUUGGAUGAAGCAGAUGCAAUCGAGACUGCAGCUAUGCAUCAAGAAGUUCAGGCCGCGCGACCCAGGCACCAGAUUGGAUAUUGCAGACAAAUGCUGGAAGCUGUCCGGCACAGUGGGACUGGAAUUGAUGCAAACAAGGAUGAUAUCCUUGCUGGUGGAAUGGUGCGAGACAGAGGAUCAGAGAGCUGCGUCGGUGUGCUAUGAUGAUGUUUGCUUUGUGUCCCCUUUGUCUGAGAGUCCUGUACAAGUGGCGCGGCUGCCAUCGCCAUUGCCAAACGGGGAUGCAACGUGGACAGGUGCUUCAUCGGAAUAUCUCCUGGCGGCAUGGGUCAGAGCUUGUACUCUUCUUCAUUUGUCGGAGAUGUACAAACAUAACCACGUCUACUUCGACCCCAAUAUCUGGUACCUGGACGAGGAACUUCGCAAGCAAGUCGAGACUUUCGCAAGACCCUUCAUCACGACAGGACAAGAGGCACCAGAGAGCAACAAGAAGCUUCACAUUGACCUCUACAAAAAGAUUAUUUCCGCUGAUGGAAUCAUGGGGCGUCGACAAAGUACGUUCAACUCCAUGGUCCGACGUGCCCUGGUGUGGACAGCAAAAGCUCAUUUUAUCCACAAGAAGUUUCUCACUGCUUAUGAGGAUCAUCAGCUUGACGGCAUCUUCGAAGCAGACCCGAGUCUCAACAAGUUCCUGACCACAUCUCAGGCUUCCAUGGGCAUUCGAAAAAGACCACAACAAGGCGGUCUUGCAAAUAUGCUGGAAGCGGACGCCGACAGCGAGGCGGAGCGACCGGAGAAAGACACCACUUGGGAUAACCUGCCAGAGUACAUCAUGCAUCAGAUGCUUGACAAAGGCCUGGAAAGCAUGGCCUUCUACGAGUUCAAGAAGUUGAGGUUAACCUGUCCCUGCAUCAAGACCCAUCCCUUGCAGUCCGAGGAAGCCAAAAGCCCCUCCCCCUGCUUCGGCGCCGCAACCGGAUGGUUCCGUGCUGCUCGUCUCAAGAGAAUCCAGAGACUUCUCCGCAAGGCCUGCGUAGGCGUAGCCAAGAAAAGGAACCUGGUUGAUGCCUUGUUGCAGGAAGCUGAAGCUCCGAAGUAUGCUGACUUUCAGGCCGUUCAGCUUGAGGAACUAGAGUUACUGCAAGCUCUCAAACGGCUGGGGGGCAACAAGGCUCUUCCCUCCAUCUUUGCACCAGCCAGUCUGUGGAAACUGGCUCCGCAACAAGUUGUCCCGGCACUUCUCCCCACCAUGAAUCAGGCCUCCACAUGCAUGGACCCAAGCUGGCAUGAUGUCCAACUCCACCUCAUCGCCAUCACCAACCAUGGACAUCCCAUCAUGCAAGCCGGUGCGAAUGAAGCGAAAACCCUGUCCCCGCGCGAACGGUGUGCCAUCACCAUCCAUGGAUAUCCCAUCACGCAAGCCUGUGCGAAUGAAACGAACCAGUGCGCAUUCCUGGAAGAAGAGCAAACCUGCCUGGCCACCCCCAAGGAAUGGUGUGCCAUCACCAACGCCAUGCGAGAGGUGAAAUUCUCCAGAUAUGCUAGCUUUGUGGAAGAUGUCAUGGCCUCAGGAACGCAACCAGCGUACACCGAGUACUACCAUGCAAGUACUGCUGUCCCGGCGGACUUCGAUCCCGGGAACAACACCUACGGCUACCCGUUGGCCACGAACCGCAUGCUGAACUACAGGAACAAGGUCCUCAGCCUCGACAACAAGAACCCCAAGAAGAAGCAUGUGAUAAAGGAGAUUACCCCAGCGGAUGUUAUCAACGUCACGAGCUACCUCAAGAAGACGAACGCGUACUCCGAGUUCUACAAGAACAGAAGAAAAGGAAGAAGCCUUGAGCCCGUCGUGAGCUACGUCGUGCGCACGUGUUUCGAGAAGGAAGUUGCACAGGAAAGUGAUCUACACCAGAGAAUCGAAGUUAUCCUGGACUCUGGCGCAGACGACGCACAAGGAAAGGCAAUAAAGACGGAAGGCAGAAGGAUGCUGAACUUAACGUUCUUCGAUGACAACGGAAGCUUUUGUCGCAUUCAGGAAGCCUUCACCGUUGCCUCGGUGAUCAACCCGCUGAUGGCCAUAGGCAAGCUGUUUCGAGAAGGUUGGGAGUUGCGAGUUAACGAAGAAGAAGGUAUGUGUCUUACAGAUGGAAACUCAAGAAUACCAGUGCAUCUCCACAAGAACAGCUUGGCAGCCUACGCCUACGUACAAACUCCUUCAAGAAGCAGAGGUUACAGCAGCAGCAACUACAAGAUGGUUCGCACUGUUGUCCAACUCAACAAGCACGUUCAGGAAGCAGUGAACAAAGAAGAACCUGGUUGGCACAACACUGACAGCAUGGUGAUCGUGAAGUAUGCUACUCAAAGCAGCUAUGAGAACCCAUCUCUCAUGUAUAGUCCUACACACUUUCCGUACAGAAGCACUUUGGUGAAAGAAGAGAGAGGAUGGAGAGCAGUCGAAGUUUCGAGAAAGUACUCCGAGAAGGCAGACCCUUUUGAAGAGUUUGGUGAAGGAGAAAAGGAAGUGGUUACAGCUAUUUCAGCAAAGCCAAUUCCACUUUGGAUUCUUGGCACUCCUUACGCAGCUGGAGAUCGAGCAGACCAAGAAAGCCAUGGUCGUGACUACUGGAAGAUGGAUCUUGAGAAGGGAGAAGUUGUUCGUCACCACGUAGUACCAAGAACUGCUUUGUUCGACCCGACAGGUGUUUCCAACUGUCCUGUCCUCCUUGGAGACCUCGAGAACAGCAGAUAUACCGAUAUACCCAAGGAGACUGUAUCUACAGUACAGAAAUCUACGAACAUAGCGACGACUGGAGAGCAGACCGCCUACCUCUACGUGAACACUUUCGGUUACCGAGUUGUUGAAGACCUGAAGGCAGAAGCUGCAGCAGAGGAGCUAAAGAAGAAGAAAGAAGAGCACUACCAGCGGAAGGAAGACUCAGCAGCACCACCAGCAGCAGAAGAGAUCAAAGAUGAGGAGAUGAGAGAAGCACAAGCAGACCAAGAAGCACCACAAGAAGUUGUUGAAGUUUUGGAGGAAAGCUUCUACCACGAAGGCGUUGAGUACACAGCACAAAGAAGCAGCCUCAAAGAACUACAAGCACUUUGCAGAGAGUACGGAGUCAAGACCACAGGAAGCAAGAAGCAGCUCUUGAAGAGACUCGCCACAGCAGUCAGAGAAGAAAGGCUCAACACACAACACAAGGAGCAACGGGAACACCACCAAGCAUACCACCUAGCACCACCACAGGAACCAACGGAAGAGGAGAGAGCGUACCACAACUUGACGCACCUUCCGUAUCAGCCUUGGUGUCCCCAUUGCGUUGCUAUGAAAGCACGAGAAGACAACCACAAGAAAGGAUUGAGCAAGCCAAGCAGCUCUACGGAUUCCGCGAAGCCCGUCAUCAGUUUUGACUUUUGCUAUACAAGCACCACAGGAAGUGAAGAGCCACCUGCAGUGACUCUUGUCGCUGUGGACAGCUGGAGUAAGGCAGUCUUGGCAGUGCCCUGCAAGAGGAAAGGAGGAGCAGGAAGCACAACGCACCUCGCGGAAGCACUCGUGCAGUUUACCACGAAGAACGUGAACAGCUCGAGAACGACGAGGUUGAUGAUGACACCCUUUUGGAGGAACUCAGAGCAGGUGAACCACUCACAGCCUCAGCAGGAGCACUUGCAGCACCAGCUGAACCAAGUCAACAGAGCAGAGGAAACAGAUGGUUACCUCAACAUGCCUCACGAUGAUGAAGUCUACGAAGCAGAUGAUGAGUUUUUGUAUGAGUCGGAAGAAGAAGAGGAGACAGAGAGUGAACCAACGGAAGUUUUUACCAAGGUCCCUGUCGAGUUCUUCGACGAGGAGAAAGGACCACCGAAUGUGGAUCCAGAUUUUCUUCAGAAGUUGGAUGAUGAAGCUACAGUCAAAGAAAUCAAGAGGUUAACAAAGAUGGGAGUUAUUUCUUUGGUUUCUACGGACCCUCAAGAAGCAACUGAGAACGUACCUCUGGUAGACUCAGAACAAGAACUUCACAAGUGGUUGACAACGAAGUUGGUGAAAGACUGGAGGUUCAGAGAAGCUACAGGUUUUGAAGUUGACGAAGCCACAGCAGGAACAACAAAGCCCAAGCAGAUUCAAAGAAUUACGAAACUGGUACCCAUGUUGGCUCUCGCCAACAAUUGGGCGAUCUACAGUGUCGACGUGAAGGAAGAGUUGGAGAGCAAGAGCGAGAAGAAGAAGAAAAAGCACAAGUGGCAGCUUACGUACAACACGUACCUUUCGCCAAGCAGUCCUGGAAGCAUGUCGCUUCUGGAAGUCCUGGUGACGCUCGCCAUGGUGUGCAUGGCGGCAUACUUUGUCGUCAACGAGAUGAGAAAGCCGCAGAAGCACAAGAAGUCUAAGAAAGAGGUGAACUACGACGUGGACUCCUUCGACGAGGCAAAGAAAGAAGUGACAGAGAAGGCAGAGAAGUUGAAGAAAGUUGAGGAAAGCCUGGAGAAGGAAAAGGAGGAGUUCGGAAACCAGAAGGCAGAGUUUGAGGAAACAGUGAAAAGGUUUUUGAAGAAGCAGAAGGAGGUGAAGGAAAAGGAAGACAAAGUUACAGAGAGAGAAGAGAAGUUAGAGAAAGACCAAGAAACCCUCCAAGAGCAAGCCAAGGCCCUAAGCGAGAAGGAGACAGCCCUUGAAGAAGCUGAGGAGAACGUCAAAGCAAAGGAAGCAGAGGUUGAGAAGAAGAACAAAGAGGCAGAGAAAAGAGAGAGAAAAGCUCAGGAAAGAACCGUCGGCUACGACCAAGAGAGAGAAGAGUACGCCAAGAAGUACGUGGACGACGUAAAGAAGGACUUGGAGAGAGAGCUUAAAGUGCUAAAGCAAGAAGAGAAAGUAAGGAACCAAAAGCUCGACGACCUCCAGUACGACUACAAGAGCCUCAAGGACGACUACCAGUACUUCAAAACUUACUCGCAGGAAGUGGACGCACUUCUACUUGCAGCCAAGGACAGGAUCGUGAAGUACAAGAAGAAGGCCAAAAGCCUCAAGGAAACCAUAGGUGCAGUCUUGUCUGGAAGUGAAGGUGAAGAAGAGACAGACGAAGCGUACAAGACCAAAGCAGAGGAAGAGAAAGAGAAAGCAGAGGCUAAGGCAAAAGAAGAAGAGAAGAAGAAAGGAAAGAAGCCAAAGCAGGUAGAGACAGAAGACCCAGAAGAGAAGCCCUCAAGCAACCAAGGAGACGAGAACACCUUCGACCCGAACGACAUAGCCGAGUUCACGCAGCUUGGUUACGUGUGGGAGUUCAACAAGAAGACGCAAGAGUACCGCGCGAAGAGCGAAGACAAGAAAGGAAGCACAAGAAUCAAGAACGCUCCGGUGAAAGGCCGCCUCCUUUGGAACAAGGUGACGGAGUGCUACAGAAGGCACAACGUUUGGUUUACAGACGGAAAGGAAUUGGAUAAAUUCCUCGAGACCAAGGAGAACGAGAAGAUCGAGGAAGAGGUGCAGCGACGCAUCCACGCGAAGGGCAAGUACGACAACCAAGGAAUGAAGGGAAAAGGCCCUUCCUGGGACGACGGACAGAACGACAGUUGGUGGUACAACGAGCAGUGGAACAACGAGAACUGGAACACCACCGACGACGGCAGCAACUGGUACGAGAACGCGAACCCACAGAACAAAGGCUACUGGCAGACGCCAGAAGAGUGGGCGCAGCAGAACCAGUGGGAGCAGUGGACACCCAAAGGAAAGAGCAAAGGCAAGAAGUCCAAGAACUGGGUACAGACCCAGUGA